UAACCCACACAAAGUUAGCUACUUAGCUUCCAACUCCAGAUAUGGCAGCAUCGAUCAAAGGCGUGUAUUACCCUUCAUGGUCUAACAUGGACCCCUCCUCCAUCAAAACUAAGCAUUACACUCACAUCUUCUACGCAUUUCUCAAUCCAAACAACUCCACCUUCCAAUUCCAAAUAGACCAAACCCAAGCUCCACUGCUUCGCAACUUCACCUCCACUCUCCGUGCAGCCAAUCCUCCCCUCACCACACUCUUCUCUGUUGGCGGCGCUUCCGAGGGCACCGCCAUCUUCUCCCGUCUCGCCUCCAACCGUUCCUCACGCGCAGCUUUCAUUCACUCCAGCAUACAAGUCGCAAGAACAUUCGGAUUUGAUGGAGUAGAUUUGGAUUGGGAGUUCCCUCAAACUCGCACGGAAAUGGAAAACUUGGGAUACCUGUUGGACGAGUGGCGCGCGGCGGUGCAGAGGGAGGCGGCCAACACAAGGCGGAGGCCGCUCCUCCUCACAGCCGCGGUGUACUACUCGGCCGUGUUCUCCUGGGGUGAGCCGCGGGCGUUCCCGGCGGCCUCGAUGAGCAGGAAUCUGGACUUGAUCAACGUCAUGAACUACGACUACCACGGCUCGUGGAACACGUCCUUCACCGGCGCCCAUUCGGCCAUGAGCACGAGCGACGGGCUCGGGUCGUGGAUCCGGGCCGGGGUGCCUCGCAGCAAGCUGGUCAUGGGGCUGCCCCUUUAUGGGAGGACGUGGAAGCUCAGGGACCGUAGGGUCCACGGUGUGGGUGCUGCGGCUGUGGGCGCGGGGCCCGGCAGUGAUGAGCCAGGCAUGCUGACUUAUGCUGAGGUGCUGGAAUUUAAUAGGACUAAGAACGCGAUGGUCGUGCAUGACGUGGCGACGGAGUCGAUGUACUCCGUGGCGGGUGAUAAUUGGGUGGGAUACGAUGAUGAGAGGACUGUGACUGCCAAGAUUGCUUAUGCUAAGAACCUUGGUAUUCGUGGCUACUUCUUUUGGGCUAUUGAUGGUGAUUACCAUUGGACCAUCUCCAAAAGAGCUUCAGAACAGUGGCGUCCCUGAAAUCAAAGUGAAAUGCAUCAUGAUGGGUACUUUGGAAUAAGGUCGACUGUAUUUUGUUUCAUAACAUCUACUAGUACUAUUUUGUUUCAUAAGGUCUUUGCAUCUUUGUUCUU